CGCAGCAAACUCAAUCAGUCAUUCGGGAUGCACAAAGACAUUUUCAUACACACAGAGAAUCAGCUUUCAGAUGUUACUUCACAUUUGAUUUUUGGGACAUGUUAGAGUAGCAUGGCUUGGUUUGAUGUAGCAGCUAAAAAAUUGGGAUUUCCUAGCAUUGAGCUGUUUGUGAAGGCGGGCAGUGAUGGCGAAAGCCUCGGGAACUGUCCGUUCUCUCAGAGACUCUUCAUGAUCCUGUGGCUGAAAGGAGUGAUUUUCAAUGUUACCACUGUAGACCUGAAGAGAAAGCCGGCAGAUUUGCAGGAUCUCGCUCCUGGAACAAACCCGCCUUUCAUGACCUUCAACGGAGAGGUUCUGGUGGACGUCAACAAGAUCGAGGAGUUUCUGGAGGAGCGACUGGGCCCGCCACAAUAUCCAAAAUUAGCAACCAAGCAUCCAGAAUCAAACACCGCAGGAAUAGAUGUGUUUGCCAAGUUUUCUGCCUACAUCAAGAACCCUCGAAAAGAAGCAAAUGAGGGUCUGGAGAAAGCUCUGCUGAAGUCUCUGAAGCGGCUGGACGAGUAUCUGCAGACGCCGCUGCCUGAAGAAAUCGACGCCGACAGUCUGGAGGAUCCUGGAGCUUCAACACGCAGCUUUCUGGAUGGGGACGAGCUCACGCUGGCCGACUGCAACCUGCUGCCCAAACUGCACAUCAUCAAGAUCGUGGCUAGGAAGUACCGAGGCCUGGAGAUUCCUGCAGAGAUGAGCGGGAUUUGGAGAUAUCUGAAUAAAGCCUAUCAGAGAGAGGAGUUCAUCAACACCUGCCCUGCUGACCGAGAGAUCCAGUUCGCUUACCUGGACGUCGCCAAGAAGAUCAAAUAGUUCACGAUAUCCAGACAAACAACUGCUGCUAGAUCACAGUCUGGAUCUGUGUGCGCGUGUGUGUGUGUGUGUGUGUGUUUGUGUGUGUGUGUGUUUGUGUGGGAGGGGGGGUGCUUGUAUGUAUAUGUACGUAUGUAUACUGUUUGUGUGUAUAAAUGUGU